AUGUUGGCCCGCCAAAUGAUGCUGCCACGAUUGGCUGUUCGCGCUGUGCACACUACUUCCCGUGUUGCUCACAACGAGCAUUAUUGGGGACCUGAAAAGGCGGCCGGGCGUGAACUCGUCGGCUUCGGAUCCAACGGAGACAACAUCUACCAAGAUCGUCUUGAUUAUUGGUACCCAGCUAUCCGAUUCCGCAAGGAAGACAGUGUCAUUGCACCAAUCCGCGCCAAAGAGCAAGCUGACUGGAAGAAUCUUUCAGCGGAAGAGAAGAAGCUUUUAUACCGCUACAGCUUCCGUCAAACUCUUUCAGAGUUCGAGGCCCCAACUGGAUACUGGAAGGUAGUCGCAUCGGCUGUUCUCGCCGUUCUUGGUUUUGCCACCUACUACGCCGUUCUUCUCAAUGUCUAUGUGUACCCAGAACUUCCACCAACCUUCCAAAAUGAAUACAAGGAAGCCCAAGUUGAGAGAGCUCUCGUUCUCGAGAAGGGUAACUUCCUCGGAGCUCCGAAGUACUACGAUUACGACAACAAGAAGUGGAAGUAA